AUGCGACCUUCGCCUCAACCGCAGAGCGAAACCAUGCAGUGUGUUUACAUUCCGCAUCACGGGGUAAUCCGAGAAAAUAACGCUACCACCCCUCUCCGCGUUGUGUUCAAUGCAUCAAGCGCCACUUCCAACGGGUCUUCGUUAAAUGACCAUUUACUCGCCGGUCCGAAAUUACAAACCGACAUUACGUCAAUUUUAUUGCAAUGGCGACGACACCGAUUCGUAUAUUCAUCCGAUAUCGCGAAGAUGUAUCGCCAAAUUCGCGUCGAUCAACGCGAUCUCAAUUACCAACGCAUUUUAUGGAAUGCAACACCGCAUGAACCGCCUACUGACUACCAGCUGUUAACAGUCACGUACGGUAUGUCCUGCGCGCCCUUCCUCGCUCUUCGCGUUUUGAAACAACUCGUCGACGACGAAGGUCACCGAUUUCCGCUCGCGGUAUCCAUUCUACGCGAGAACAUUUACAUCGACGAUAUUCUAUUCGGCGCAGACAACGCGGAGUUUAUUCGACAAGCGCGAGACCACGUAAUCGCUAUCCUGAAAUGCGGCGGAUUCGAUUUAAGAAAAUGGGCCAGUAAUUCGCCCGCUCUCUUCGCGGAUCUUGAUCCCGCCACUCUGAGUUCGGCAGGCAAAAAACCUUUCUCCCCUGACGAACAAAUCAAGGUUCUCGGUAUCGGGUGGAAUCCUACCACCGAUAUUUUUGAAUUCAGCGUCGCACUUUCGAGCCCUGUUCCAUCUAGCAAACGUACCAUUCUGUCCGCUAUUGCGAAACUGUACGACCCUCUCGGAUAG